AUGGCGCAGAAUAUAAAGGAGCAGCUGGUUGGCAAGUCCACAGAGACACCAAUGAGUGCGCAUGUCAAAGCCCAUUUUAUGCAGCACGCGAGGGUAGACAGUGAAUCUGGCGACCUGUAUAUGACAAAGGAGGACUUUAUUGAUGCUAUUGCUCCUAAGAAUGAAGACUAUCACAAAAUAAAACGCGAACAAUACGGAAUCCUCUUCAAUGUUGCUGACCGAAGACAUACCGGCAAGAUCAACCUGCAGGACUGGUCGAUGUUUGAAGACCUUCUCGGCAAACCGGACGCAGAGUACGAAAUCACCUUCCGAUUAUUCGAUACCGAAGGAACGGGCAUAGUCAAGCAUGAGACGCUACAGAAGCUUUUCAGCUCUACAAAGGGCGAAAACAACAUUCCUUUUGACUGGAAUUCAGGCUGGGCGGCGCUAUACACGGGUUCGAAAAAGACGAGACAUGAUAUGACAUAUCCACAAUUUGCACAGAUGCUACGCGGAUUACAGGGAGAGAGGAUAAGACAGGCGUUCCAUCUUUUCGAUAAGGAUGGAGAUGGAUACAUUGAGCCUGAAGACUUCCAGCGCAUUAUCCUGGAAACGUCUCAGCACAAGCUUUCAGAUCACUUGUUGGAAAACCUGCCUACUCUCUGCAAUAUCUCCUCCGGCAGUAAGAUAUCAUACGCCAACGUUCGCGCGUUCCAGAACAUUAUCAGAGAAAUGGAUAUAAUAGAUUAUAUCAUUCGCAGCGCCAUUCGCAAAAGUGACGAUGGAAAAAUCACUCGAUCCGAUUUCCUGAACGAGGCAGCCCGCAUCACGCGCUUCUCACUCUUUACGCCAAUGGAGGCAGAUAUCCUGUUCCAUUUCGCUGGUCUCGACGCACCAUCCGGUAGGCUUGAGCUAGGCGAUUUCGCAAAAGUCAUCGACGCCUCAUGGCACAGCGCCAGCGUACUGGGUAGAGAGGCAUUGGCCGGCGCGUCAAAGACCGGUGAAAAGGUUGCCGUGAAGACGAAUCAACUACUUCACAACAUCUUGGAAUCGGCUCAUCAUUUCGCACUCGGAAGUAUUGCUGGUGCGUUCGGUGCCUUUAUGGUUUACCCAAUUGAUCUCGUCAAGACCAGGAUGCAGAACCAGAGAAGCGCGCGUGUUGGUGAGAAGAUGUACAUGAACUCACUUGACUGUGCUAAGAAAGUUAUUCGAAACGAGGGUGUUCUCGGGUUAUACUCUGGAGUUAUACCACAACUGAUUGGUGUUGCACCUGAGAAAGCUAUCAAGCUUACUGUGAAUGACUUGGUGCGAGGAUACUUUGCAGAUAAGGACAAGGGUGGCAAGAUAUGGUGGCCUCAUGAAGUCAUUGCGGGUGGUACUGCAGGUGCCUGUCAAGUUGUCUUUACCAACCCCCUGGAGAUCGUCAAGAUCCGUCUUCAAAUCCAGGGAGAGAUCGCAAAGAAUGUCAACGAGGCUGCUCCACGCAGGUCUGCAAUGUGGAUCGUGAAGAAUUUGGGUCUUAUGGGCUUGUACAAGGGAGCCAGCGCUUGUUUACUCCGUGAUGUCCCCUUCUCGGCUAUCUAUUUCCCAACUUACUCCCACUUGAAGACGGGCCUCUUCGGUGAAUCUCCUACCAAAAAGCUCGGUGUUAUCCAGCUUUUGACUGCGGGAGCCAUCGCCGGUAUGCCAGCCGCCUACCUCACCACCCCAUGUGACGUGAUCAAAACCCGUCUCCAAGUCGAAGCCCGAAAGGGAGAAACGAAAUACACCUCUCUCCGCCACUGUGCCGCCACCAUCAUGAAAGAGGAAGGAUUUAAAGCCUUCUUCAAGGGUGGCCCAGCCCGUAUUCUCCGUUCCUCCCCCCAAUUCGGUUUCACCCUCGCUGCUUAUGAAGUGCUACAGAAAUGGAUGCCAAUGCCAGGCACUGAGCAUGAAGAGGUGACGCCAACCGGCUACGUAGAGCCUGGAGCGGGUCUGCAGUCGGCUUCCGGGCCAAUGCCAUACCUUCGAUCGCGUAAUGCGUUGAAACUUAUCUUGGACUUGGAGCCAAACUUCGGUCGCCUGCAGGCCCCGGCGGGCGUUACCUUGCCGGUGCUGAGCAAGUAA